AGGGAAUGAACUCAGUCUCAUGUUCUGAUGGAGUUGAAGACAUGUUUGUCCAUGUUUGUCCCUGUGUGCUUUAAUGGAUACUAAUGGGUGUCAUGAUGUGUGAACCAAUGCAGGCAGAGCUGAGGGCAAAUAUAUUCGAGGUGAUUGAGGAGAAUGAUCAAGACAGUGGUGGUGGCGACAACGGCGUAGUCAGUGAGGCAAUGACUGGAUGCAACCAGCAGGCAAGGGCGUUGCACUCCAGUACUCUUGGCAAACUCUUGGCGGACUUGGUUUGUGAGUACUUGGAGUGGUGUGAACUGGAUCACACUCUUAAGGUCUAUAUACCAGAAUGCAACUUGCAAUCGAAGUACCCAAAACGUGUGGAGCUGGAGGAGGAGCUGGGAAUUCCUUCAAUGGUGGAAAGCGGGCACUUUUCAACGAGGCCUUUGCUGGCAAUUAUUCUAGAGUCUUACUGCAAGAUGGUGGCUUUGCAUAGUGGGGUGAUAAGGAACGGUCAUGGUGGCCACAGAGUGGUGAUCCCAAAUCCAAAGGCCUGGAGUGGCCUACGAGCGCAUGAUGGUGCGGAGAACGGCGGCCAAGAUCAUGGCAGAAAUAUCGAAAGUGCUGGCCACAGUGGCAAGAAAAUGGGGACGGAGGAUAAACCUUCAAGAACUCAGCAGGAGUCUCGCCAAGAUGCUGUGAUGGUACAGCGAACGCAUUCCAACGGGGCUGUGCCAAGCAGCGCUGGCAGUGAUGUAGUAGCAGACCAUGCUCCCGAUCAGGAAAGGCCAGCUGUUGAUGCUGGCAAGCAGGUUGACAGUCGUCAACAGCGGAGUGAGGUUCAUGCAGCUGAUGCCCCGGCAAGCAGUGCAGAGGAUCAGCGGAGCACCACACGAUCAUCACUGUUGGGGCCUUUGCCUCCUAUUCGACCUGGAAGACGAUCAAUGGGUGUUACUCCUCUGCCCUCAUCAACUAAAAGCAGUGAUGCUUCUGCUGGUGGACCGAAUACGAGAGGAAGUGGUGCUGAGUCAAGAGGAGAGGCAACGAGGGAGAUGGCUUCAGCAAGCCACCCAGCAGGUGUUGCUGGCCAUGGUGCUGCUGCUGAGAGAGGCAAUGAGAAAGACAAGGGGAGUUCUGGGAGCACAGGUGCUGAUGACCAUUCGAGAGGUUUCACUGUAACGAGGACCAGCAGUGGCAAGGUUGAUACAGCAGGCAGUGGACAACCGAUAAUUGAUAAAGAUGAAAUGGAACGGCGAUCUAGCAUCAGGCAAUUAGCUACCGAGGCCGCAUUCCUAGAUGCGAAGGCAUCCAACACGUCGUGCAAGGACGUGGAGGAGAUUUUGCGAGGCGGAGGAGGAGGUCGUACAAGGGGGAGGAGGAGGUUUGAAGAGGGGGAGGAGUGGGUCGUGCAAGGGGGAGGAGGAGGUCGUGCGAGGGAGAGGAGCAGGUCGCAUGAGGAGGACGAGAGGUUGCAGGAGGUUGUGCAGACGUUGGAAGGGAGGUGCAAAGAGGUCGCGCGAGUGGGAUUAGGAGGUCAGAAGAGGACACAUGAGGAGGAGGAGGUCGUGCAAGGAGGUGUUGGAGGAGGUCGGAAGAGAGAAGGGAUGAAGGGAAAACUAGAUCGGGGGAUUGCAAAAUGCUUCGUGCACGAAAUGGAAAAGGGUGGGAAUAUGAAGGGUGGUCAUGAGAUGCUUUGCACCGUAGAGGGAGGGGAGGGGGAGCGUUCAAGGGGAGUUUCCUCUUGCUUGCAAGAUGCUUUGCAUGGAGGGAGGGAUAAGGAAGUGGCAGGUGGUACUCCAAGAAGAAAGGAGUGUGAUGGGGGAGGGUGGAGGGGGAGUGUGGAGAGGAAGUGUGGGGGGCGGAUUGGGGUGUGGCGGGGAAGUGAGGGAGGGGGCCAUUGUGGAGGGAGAGUGUCAAGUAAGGGGAUUGGAAGGAGGAGAAGUAUGGAGGGUGAUCUCAAGAUGCUAUUGCACAGGAGGGGCGAGAUGGAGAGACUGAAGAAGAAGUCGUGGAAGAAGAUAUCGAGGUGGAUGGGUCGUCUACCGAAUAUGCUGGGGCAAGUGAUUAUUAAGAGCAAUGACGAAGAAGACGAGAAUCCGUUCUUCAUGACAGAUGUGCUGGGAAAGAAGGAGCCAGAAGACAUGACCGUGGACAGCUGAUUGACUCUCCACUGCUGCAAAUGUGCACUUGAAGUGGGUAUGGUGGAGGCGACGGGUGGAUCUUGGGUCCAAAGAUGUGAGACGAAAGAAGAGGAUCAUCUCUUUCUGUACCCUGCCCACCCCAUCAUUUGGAAAAAAAAGGGUCCCGGUUUCUGUACCCUGCCUGCCCCAUCAUUUAGAAAGAAGGGUAUCAAUCAUCUCUUUCUGUACCCUCACUGCCCAACCCAUGGUUCAAAAAAUAGGGUCCCCAUUUCUGUCAGCUUUAGCAAUAACCCAUUGUGCAAGCAUUAGCUACGCAGCACAUGUAGGCUUCUCUUAUACGACCCACAGCUCUUGUGUUCGCUUUUCAGGGUCAGGUUGUGUCUACGACCUGCAGCACCGUAACGGUCAGGUGGCUCUUUCAACCAACACGUGAUCACCUUUUCUUCUUUCUUUCUUAAAAAAAAAAAAAAAAAAAAAAAAAAAAGCAGGUCCUUAUGGUCCUGGGUUUUUAUCCAUUCUGGGGAGCAUCAAUCCAGUUACUUCCCCCCCACGCCCCCCCGGCAAGUCAUUUAAUAAUGAAUUAGCCCCGACAAA